AGUAUAUAAAGGUGGGUGAGCGGGGCUUUGGGUUUCCAUGAAGCAUUUUAUUGGUAGUGAUUUACAAACCACACUCUUCAAACAUUAUUUUCUUUUCUUUUCUUUUCUUCCAAACAGAAUCAUAAUAGCUAGCUAGUAUAUAGUGAUAAUGGGGAGGCAACCUUGUUGUGACAAGCUUGGAGUGAAGAAGGGACCUUGGACAGCUGAAGAAGACAGGAAAUUGGUAAAUUUUAUUCUAACACAUGGCCAAUGUUGCUGGCGUGCCGUCCCUAAACUCUCCGGUCUCCGCCGUUGCGGGAAGAGCUGCCGUCUACGGUGGACUAAUUACCUCCGCCCUGACUUGAAGAGAGGCUUGCUUAAUGAAGCUGAAGAGACACUUGUCAUUGAUCUUCAUGCCCGUCUUGGCAAUAGGUGGUCCAAAAUUGCAGCAAGAUUGCCGGGAAGAACUGAUAACGAGAUAAAAAAUCAUUGGAAUACCCACAUCAAGAAAAAGCUUAUUAAAAUGGGAAUUGAUCCAAUUACACAUGAACCUCUUAAUGUUAAACAGGUCAGUCCCCAGGAUCAUGAUGAUCAUCAAGAGCUAACAAAAAAUAGUUCCUCUAGUAAUAACUCUAGUAGUACCCCAGCUGAAAAUUGCUCCAUUGAUGAAUGUAAGUCAUCGUCGGACCCUAAGAUCAGUGACGAUGAUCCAUUGAUGAAUUAUAUAUUAUCGGAGACAAUUCUUGAUGAUCCGACGUGGAAUUUUCCUGUGAAUAAAUCAGAUGAAUACUUGGAAUUUGGGAAAUGUUCUUCAUCAGAUUGGCUUUUUGAUCACAAGAUUGAUAUUGGAGAAGAUUACUUUGGAUUUCUUGAUUAUUUUAAUGAUGUGGAUUUGAAGGUGUCAGACUUUGAUGACAAGCAAUCUCAAGGGAACUAGAUAAUGAUGCAAACUCAAGCUUCUUGAAUUUGAACAAAUAGACUUAAUUAAUUAGUUCUAUAUAAUUUUGAACUACUAACAAAAUUUGUAUCAUCUAAGUUUUCUACUUGACAUGUCAUAAUUUUUAUUGUAUAUUUACGCAA